AUUAGAAUAGAUUUUACGUCAUGUUAAAGCAAGACACGCGGCUGCAAUAUCCUUAUCUUUACUGCGUGUCGUUCGGAAGCGCAGAAUGUGGACAGCCGUAGUUUUCAUCCACCUGUUCCUGGGAGUGGACUCCUGGGUCAAUGACUACGACAAACCUUUCACCUUUACCUGUCCCCAGCAUCAGUCCAUCCACAGGGUCGUCAGUCACCAUGAAAACAGGCCUGAGGAUCGAGUGUUUGACUUCCAAUGCAGUCCAUAUGCUGCGAACUCUGAGAGCUGUUUCUGGUCAGGGUAUGUAAACAAUUUUGAUAAACCAGUAGCCUUCCAAUGCCCUAAUGGUGGUAUUCUAGAUGGUGUUAGUAGUUUCCAUGACAACGGCGCUGAGGACAGACGUUUUCGUUUCUACUGUUGCGAAAAACCAGGAAUGUGCCUCUACAACUGUUUCUACAGCGGCUGGGUCAAUAGUUAUGAUGGGGACUUGGAUUACACAGUACCGGCUAACCAUGUAAUGCGGGGAUGGGUUAGCGUCCAUGACAACGGUCCAGAAGACAGAAUAUUUGAUUUUGAAGUCUGUUUAAUGCAGAGCUGCACAGAUGCCGGGCCGGGCGGAGAUCUUAUUGGAAAACGAUUUGUGAAUAAUACCAGUGAUUCCAAACAUUGACGUAAUAAAUAAAUUUAGAAACAUUA